UAUGUGUUGCUCAUCAUCGUGUCAUCAACAUCAUCUAACUUUAUUCUCCAAAAAUAAAAUACAUUUUUAAUAAAUAAAUUAAAUACACAAUUAUUAUAAUAACAUAUUAUUCUUUAAUUAAAAAAGAAAGCAUAUUUAAAGUGUCAACGUCAAAUGUCAGUCAUAAAAAAUACAAUAACAUAUUAAUUGUCAAAGUUUUGUUUAUUUAUAAAAGUUAAUUAAAUUUUUUUGUAUAUAAAAAAAUCUAAAUAGAACAAAUUAACAAAAAUAUAUAUUUAUAAUUUUUGCUUAAAAAUAUUUAAUUCAACAACAAUAAUACCUCAAGUUAUAAAAUUUAAUUAUAAAAUUUCUAAAAUUGUGUCUUCUUCAACUUCAACUGAACAUAAAGAUUUCACUUUGUUUGUUGAAUAAAUGAAAAUAGCAGCAAAUUUAAAAUGUCAUUAAGAUCAAGACGUUUUUUAAAGAUAAUUGGUAUUGGUGCUAUUGGAGCUGGUACAUUUGCAUCACUACGUGCAAAUGAAUACGACAUUGGAUCAAUUGGUAUUGUACGUUUAAGUAGAGCAGCAAUAUCAGUAUUUGUAAUUGGUACAAAUUAUAAAAAUGCAUUGUACUCAGAUAAGUAUGAAAAAAAUAGUCCAGAAUAUAUUAAAGCAAAAUCAGAAGCUCAUUUAUUUGGUGCAAAUAAAUUAUUAGAUCUUUGUUGUGCAAAUAAAGGUGUUUAUAUUAAAAUUGGUCAACACAUUGGUGCACUGGAGUAUUUGCUACCAUCAGAAUAUGUCAACACAAUGAAAAUAUUACACAGUAAAGCACCACAAUCAUCAUUCAAUGAUGUAUUAGCUGUUUUGAAAGAAGAUUUAAAAUGUGAUCCAUAUGAUGUAUUUGAAUCAAUUGAUGAAAAACCACUAGGAGCAGCAAGUCUAGCUCAAGUGCAUAAAGCAAAAUUAAAAAAUGGUGAAACAGUUGCAAUUAAAGUACAACAUCGUGCUGUUAAAUCAAAUUCAUAUGUUGAUAUUAAAACAAUGACUGGACUUGUUAAAAUAACAUCUUGGAUAUUUCCUGAAUUUAAAUUUGAUUGGCUUGUUGAUGAGACAAAAAAAAAUAUACCACGUGAAUUAGAUUUUAUUUGUGAGGGUAAAAAUGCUGAAAAAUUAAAAAAUUCAUUUGAUAAUUAUAGCUGGUUAAAGGUACCAGAUAUUAAAUGGAAUUUAUCAAGUUCACGUGUAUUGACAAUGGAGUAUGUUGAAGGUGGACAAAUAAAUGACUUGAAAUAUAUUCAUGAUAAUAAAAUAAAUCCAUAUGACGUUAGUAGUAAAUUAGGUAAAUUAUAUAGUCAUAUGAUUUUUAUAACUGGAUUUGUUCAUUCAGAUCCACAUCCUGGUAAUAUACUUGUUAAAAAAAAUAAUGAUAGCAAUGAAACACAAAUAAUAUUACUUGAUCAUGGUUUGUAUGCUGAUUUGAGUGAUGAAUUUAGAUGGUCAUAUUCAAAAUUAUGGCUUGCAAUAUUUAAUCGUGAUAAGGAUUUAAUGAAAAAACAUUGUACUGAACUUGGUGUUGGUGAUAUGUAUGGAUUGUUGGCUUGUAUGGUAUCUGGAAGAACUUGGGAUGCAAUAUUAGCUGGUGUUGAGAAAAAAAAAUAUACAAACAAUGAGAAAGAACAAUUUCAAAAUGAAGUACCAAAUUUAUUACCUGUUAUUAGUGAGGUACUUGAAAAAGUUGACAGGCAAAUGUUACUUGUACUUAAAACAAAUGAUCUCAUUAGAAGUAUUGAACAUACACUUAAAACAUCAGCAAGAAUGUCAGCAUUUAUGGAAAUGUCAAAUUGUUGUAUAAAAUCUGUUUAUAGUGAAAAAAUUAAAAAUUCAAAUAAUAAUUUAUCUAAAUUUUUCAUUAGAUUGAAUGAAAAAUUUUCAUUAUUUAAAUUAAUUAUUUAUUACACUUAUCUUGGUUUUUGUAAUUUUAAUUUUAAUAAAUGUGUUGAGUCUAUACUAAAAAGAGAUCAUUAUGUUUUGUAGAAAAAAAAAUCAUUUUUUUUUCUAUUGUAAAUUUCGAUUUUGUAAUACAACAAUUGCCAUGAUAGUUAAUAUUUAUUUAUUUAUAUAAAAAAAUAUAUAUUAUAUUUUUAUAUAAUAAAAAAGAAAUAAAAAAAACUUUAUUUUAAUUUUUUUUCAUAAAUAACAAAAUAAUCGAAAUUUAAAUUAAUUAAAAAUUCAGAAAAAUGUAAAUUAUUUUUUAAAUUUGUAUUUUCAAGGUGCUGUUAAAUAAAUAAACAAAAAAAAAUUAAAAAAUUUACAUAUAAAUUAUUUAUUAAAAAAUAAAUUAACUAAAAAAAAAAAAAAAAAAA